AUGGCGCGUCUUCCAACCAACAGUAUCUCUGCCCAAGGACAAGGUAAAGGCAAAGGUAGUUCUGAAACUUCUAGGGACAAUGGCUUCAACCAUAACUCUAGUUCCUGUCACCAGGAUGCAUAUGAGAAUCCUUCAGUAGCUCCAAUUUUCCCAGUGGUCGUUUCAAGAACUUCCUAUGUCCCAUCUGAUCAGAAUAACUGGAUCAUGCAAGAAGGAUCUACAGUGUUGGACUCAGUCCAGUCAUGUGACCAUUCAGAGACCCUUAUUCCACAACAGCUUGUUGCUACAGUGAUCACAGAGGCUUCCCAGAUAGAGUGGGAGGGGCAUUAUAUGGGCAGGACAGUUCAAGCUGUUGCUACAGAUAAACCUCCUAAACUGUUGUUUCCUGUGGAGAACCAGUUAAAUGUUAUGUAUGUCCAGCUGGGCUUACCAAUAAACAUACCAUGCCAAGCCUUCUUUGGAUUCAGCGGGGAUGCCCGGCCAAUGAUCUACUGGAUGAAAGGAGAAAAGUUUGUUGAAGAACUGGAAGGACAUAUUAAAGAAAGUGAAGUCAGAUUAAUUAAAGAGCGUCUUGGAGAGAAAGAGCUGGAAUUAUUAAUAAUAUUUGAUUCUGUGUUGGAAUCAGACCUUGGAAAUUACACCUGUUUUGUGGAGAAUCGAAACGGACGGAGGCAUGCUAGUGUUCUUCUGCGGAGAAAAGAUUUGCUGCACAAGGUGGAACUUGCAGGGGGACUUGGAGCUAUCUUUCUUCUCCUUAUGUUACUUGUUACAAUCUACAAAUGCUACAAUACAGAGAUACGGCUUUGCUACAGGCAGCACUUUGGAAGUGAUGAGGCUGAAGAAGGUAACAAAGAGUAUGAUGCAUAUCUGUCAUACACAAAAGUUGACCCAGACUCAUUAGACUGUGGAAUUGGAGAGGAAGAACAAUUUGCACUGGAAAUAUUACCAGAUGUUCUAGAAAAGCACUAUGGCUACAAACUCUUCAUUCCUGAGAGAGAUUUAAUCCCUACUGGAACCUAUAUUGAAGACCUAGCAAGAUGUGUUGAGCAGAGCAGAAGACUCAUCAUCGUAAUGACCUCCAAUUAUGUGACAAGGAGAGGUUGGAGCAUCUUUGAACUUGAGAACAGACUUCACAACAUGAUUGUCGCUGGAGAAAUUAAAGUAAUUUUAAUCGAGUGUACUGACUUGAAAUCAGUAGUGAACUACCAGGAAGUAGAAGCUUUAAAGCAUUCCAUCAAACUUUUGUCAGUUGUUAAGUGGAAAGGUCCAAACUGUAGCAAGCUCAACUCAAAAUUCUGGAAGAAGAUAUUGUAUGAAAUGCCAAUCAAGAAAAAAGAAAUGCUUCCCCGCCACCAAGUACUGGAUUGUGCUGAGCAGGGCCUUUUUGGAGAUCUGCAGACAGUGUCCUCCAUUGGCAUAACAACCAACUCAGGCAGUUUACCAUCAGCGCAGACAGAGAUGCCCAGUUUUCAACAUACAGAUCACAUGCAGUUGAGGCAUUUCUGCAGUGGCUAUGAAUAUGAUGUGCCAGGCACACCUAAACCAAUAAACUCAAUAAGCAGUCACCACACCUACUGCAAUAUACCCCUGACAUUGCUGAAUGGACAGAUGAAACACAACAGCAUUAAAAAAGAUACCCCAGACUUUCAUGGAAAUAGUACACUCUUACCUCUAUCAUCAAGGGAGCUUAGCAUUACAAGUGACAUAUGGUAAUGAGGGAAAAGACUCCCUUUUGGCUAUUUUACAAACUGCAUGAAGAUUUAAUUUUGCUGAGUAACAAACAUAUCAGACAUUUCCAAUGUCAUAAUUAUUUGGAAAGAUGGCACACUUAUGUUUAUACUUGAAUUUUUGUUUACAUUUAGACAGAAAUGACAAGGGUACCUCUUUUGUAACUAAAGACAUACUUUUAUGUACAGUAACAGCAUUUUCAUUGCCAGCAAAAGACUGAAGAAAUAUACUUUGAAUAGCUUGCAAUCUAGAACUCAAUAAACUGAAUUACAUUUUAUGGUUCAAUCGUGUUCAAAAGCCAUUUCAAUAUCAUCUAAAAUGUUGGUGAAGAACGAGUCUCAAUGCAUUGGACAAUAACGAGUGAUGCAAAUUAUAACAGCAAAUCAACAAGUCUGAAAAUUCUACUCCUCAAAAAAAAACACAUCUCAAUGUAACUCUGAAAGAGAAAUCCUCUUUUCCCAUUUGUUUUAAACAUGUGAAGGACAUCACCAUUUCCCUGUAUCAUUCAUCACUUUUUAAUCUACCACUUACCCGAGUAGAAAUGGUUGGAAAUGUGCAAAUAAAAAUGACUGUACUCUCAGAAAUCAAUGAAUUUUUGUAAAUAAGCCAUUUAAUAUUUUCUACUUACGAUAGUGCUGAAUAAUGUUAGAUUUUUGUAGCAGUUCAUCUUGAGAUUGUCAUUAGAUUAAAACAAUUUAGGUAAUUCUUUUGUGCUUUCUCAAAAUAUUUUGAAGAUGUAAUUCUAAAACUUUUAUAUGGUUAUUUUAUUAUGUGUUUCUUUAAUUACAAUCAAUGUGAUUGUUUUUAAUUUACAUUAUAUUGGCAUUAGGUAGGAUGCCCACAUGUAGCUGUAUGCAUUUAAAGAUUUUUUUAAGCAGUUUUUACAUAGCAUAACUUGAAGGCGUAUGUAAAAUGUUGUAUGAGAUCAGCAAUAGAAGAAAUGUGGAACAGCAAUAUUUAAAGGUAAGGGACACACUGAUUCAGGUUUAUAAAUAAUUUUGUAAUUGCAGUGAUAAUCACUCCCGAGUAAUAAGUGGAGCACAGAACACACCAUUUUCAUAUUCACUGUGUUUGGUCAUGGUUAAAGAAAUACCAGUUUUGCACCCCUUAAGUCAAACAGUGAUUAGACAAAUGAACAUUGCUGCCAGUGUGAAAUGGAAAAACUGGGCCAACUGUCAGCUGACCACACCCAGUAUGGAAUCUUAAUGCAUUUCUGCUUAUAUCAGAUGAGGAGCAAAAGAUAACAUUCAACUAAAUCUGAAAGUGACAAAUGUUUGAAAGGGCUUUAGAGAACAAUCUUAAGAUCUGUGUAUCUUAGUGAAUGUGUUAAAUACCUUUGCAAGCUUUUGUUACUUUGGCAAUUAGUCAGCGAUGGCAUUCUGCACCAUGCAUGGUCUAAAAAUCCCUUUUAAAACAGGUUUUGAAAGCUAUUGUGCAAUAAAUACCUGCUGAUCACCUGUCAGAAGUAGCACGUUUAUUGCAAUGAUGUAGUUUGCAUAUUGAUGAAGUUAUUGUGCUUGUAAUGCCUUUAAUCAGUUAGUUUUGUCCUCCUCUACUCAGCAAAUAUGCCUAACAUGGGCAAUUAAUACAGAAUCUAUAUGCACAAUGAUAUGGAAGAAGGUAAGUGUUUGGUCAGAUCAUAUUGUCAAUACAGAGUAUUGCCUAUAAUUUUCAACAGUGUUUUGAAGGUACAGUAAUACAGUAAUUAAUAUAUGUGGCACUUUUGAUCUCUGUUCAUCAAAUGGCAGUAAGUUUCCAUGCCAGUCUGGUAAAUCAGUCAUACCACUUUAUCUAUGUUAAAUUACUUCUUGUUGUUCACAUAUCAUUAAGCAUAUACUAUGUCCAGUGUGUUUUACAUAAAAGCAUUAGAAAAUGUUAUUAAUUGUCUCCGAUAACAGCGGAAAGAUGAGUUGUCUUUUCAGAUCAUAUCUGCUGUAAUAAGUAGCAUUAAAACAUAGAUAUUUUUAUAUUUAAAGGAGAUGAGUUUAUCUUCUCUGCUGUGUAUGUAUUUAAAAGAGAAGCCAAGAAGGUUUGCACUGUUGUGUAAGUGUAAUUUCAUGAUGAUGUAUUUACAAGGGUAAUGCUGUUUAAAGCAACAUGUAAUCUACAAGAACCAAUAAAGAUGCUGCA